CUAGUGGCGGAAAAAAGCGUAGAGGUAGACCGGAAAGAUGCCAAGGGACGCACUCCCCUGUCAUUUGCAGCAGAGGGUGCUCACGAAGACGUGGUGGAAGCCCUGCUCAUGAAUGAAACAGUCAACCCCGACUGCCGAGACAACCAGGGGAGAACGCCACUCUCUCGAGCGACGGGCAGGAGGAGCGGACACAUAGACAUGGUUGAGUUGUUGCUUUCCCAGCCUGGGAUAGAGCCACACAAGAGGGAUUCUCAAGGCUGGACGCCGUUGGCUAUGGCGGCCUUGAAAGGUCACGCGGCCAUCGUUGAGAGGCUCUUGACGGUCGAAGGUGCCGACCCAAACUCUCGGGAUAUAAGAGGCUGGACACCGCUGCGUAUGGUCGCCACAGCAAAGUACAGUUCCAUUGGCACUGUGAGGGCGUUGCUACGGGCAGAAAACAUCAAUCCAGACACCCCAGAUCUCGAGGAGAGAACGCCACUAUCAGUGGCAUGCGAAUACUUCAAAUUGGAGUUGGUCGACCUCCUCCUC